AAAACACAAUAUGGCGGACGAGAGGUGAAGAAAGGAAGGAAGGAAGAAAAUUCCGCAACUUGAAGGAAAGUAACCCUCUUUGAAUCAUUACUAUGGCCGCAAUAAGGCAUAACUUGCAAAGAGAGGUGUUUAAACCUAGUGAGGAGCGACUGUAUGCUGUCGUAAAUGUGACUAAAGCUGGAAAAAAGAAGAAAGCUAGUUUUCUAUGUGCAGCUGUAACGAUGGAUAAACCAGAAACUGUUUCCCUGUAUCAAGUCAAGAAGACAGAUAAGGACACUUACAAAAAGAAAGCAACAUGGAGGUUCAGAGAUCUUACUAUUAUUGAUGGAAAAGAUGCUACAAAAGAUACUCCAGAGUUUGAUCUCCAUUUUGAAAAGACAUACAAAUGGGUAGCAAGUAGCCAUACAGAAAAGCUAAACUUCAUUAUCGCUCUAUGGAAGCUGUGUGUGAGAUACCCUACUCAAAGAAAACCAACACUUAUGAAUGUCAAUACUGCUCUUAUAGAAGAGAGCAUUAAUAUAGAGACUGGUAGAGCACAACAACACACAGAUGAAGGAGUCACAGUGGAAGAUUACCAGGAGUUAACACAACGUGAAGAAAACGACCUUGAGCACAUGAUGUCCCAAACAGAGAAUGCUAUCAGUAACUUAGAGGAGUUUAAUGAACAGCUGUCAAGAGAGCUGUCUGUUCUUGACAGCGCUAACAUCCAAUCUAUCAUGGCCUCUGAAGACCAAGUAAAUAGUCUGAUGGACUUGUUGGAAGCUUCUUUAGCUGAAUUGGAUAAACUGGAUACAAGACUAACACAGUAUGAUGAGGUCCUCAAGACUGUGCACAACCAGAUGGAACAAAUGGAAGAUAAAGAUCGACACAUGGAAACGGAAAGCGCAAAUCGAAACAAGCUGAUAAAAGAAGUUGAAUAUUUGGUGGGUACACUUGGCAUUCCUGAGAGGCACAUCACAGCUUUAAAGCAAGGUGACCUUUCAAAGGGACUUGCUGUCAAAGAGUGCACUAAUGCUGCUGAAGCUGUUCUUGCUGCAUUAACGGCAGACAUCCAUCCAGGACUAACAAAGAUGAAAGCUGUCAAAGAACAGCAAGAGAAGUAUGAACAAAUAAGCAAAGACUUUGCACAUAGAUUAAAACAACACCUGCUAGGAAUAUUUCAGCAACAUGGUGUUGAUACUGAUAUGCCUGCCAAACACUCAAGUGAGCUCCAUCUGCCAAAACACCUAAACUGCCACAAAGAGCUGUUGCCGUACUGCGAUCUAAUGAAAUGGCUCAAAGAAAUUGAUCCUGAAGUUUUUUUGGAACUUUGUCUCGCUUAUGUGAAUUCCUUGAGUAAAAUAUAUGAGAGACAACUAAAGGAGUUUUUUGAGACGGCAAGGCAAAGAGCAAUUUCCAAAGGAUCUAAAUCCAUGCAUAGUGCAUUCAAGAUGACCAGCUCAAACCCCAUCAGUAAACUAGAUGACCAUGGAGUAAGAAUGAGUCCACGCCCAAGCCCUCGCCCAUUGACUCACAAGUUUCGAGGCAGAGACAGAAGAGAUACUGGGGACUCUGGUUCAGAUAGUAUUUCACAGUCAGGGUCCAUUGGUUCUUAUGAAUCUGCUUCUCUCACUCUUGAAACUAGAGGGAGAUUUGAUAGGGUGUUUGACAUUCUUCUUUCUGAGUUGGAGCCAGUUUGCACAUCAGAACAACAAUUUGUUCAGAAAUUCUUUGACUUUUCGAUGGAUGAAUUUGAGUCUCAAGAUAGUUCUGGUGGAGGGAGUGAUGCUUCUGAUGGUGCAUUCAUGAGCAAAGGAUCGGGGGAUGUCAGAGAGAGAAAACAAUUAAGUGAAGAUGUCAGCAGACGAAGAAAGAUGAAUGAACGGCGUGAAGAGAUUAAGAAAGUUAUGCAGGGUUUGUUUAGCAAUUUGGACUCUGAACUUCACGCUUUCAUCCAGUUUGGUGACAAGCUGGACAGUUUCAAUUCUAUGUAUAUGCUUGUUCGUAUUGGCCAGUACGUCAUCACCAACCAGCUAUCUGGUGCACCUGUGUCGUACCUCAGCCAACAGCUUGGAAACUGUUUGAUUACUGUCAAAAGACUCUUUGAUAAGUUUAUUGCAAACCUAAUCAGGCAAAUCGAAGAAGCAAAAAUCCAGAAAAACAAGCGUGUUGGAAUCCUACCUUUUGUAUCAAAGUUUGAGGAGUUUGUGGAAAAUUCGGAAGGGAUCUUCAAGAACGCAGAGCGUCGGACUGACCUUGACAAAGCCUAUAUUCAACUAACAAGGGUGGUGUUUGACAAUGUGGAACGUGUUGCUAUGGAAUCAUUGAAGAGUCCCAAGGCUGUCGUUAUGUUAGAAAACUACCACCACUUGCUCAGGGUGCUAUCAAGACUGAAGAUCUCGUGUCUUGAGAAAGAAAAACUUGAAGCCAAGGAAAAAUAUGGUGCAAGUCUGGAGGAGUAUGUUAAAGGCAUGCUUGGCAGGCCGAUGGAGAAACUCAGUGUCUUUUUUGAAGGAGUCCAAGAAAAGAUUGCAGCCGGAGUCAAGGCUGAAGAGGUUGGCUACCAGCUAGCAUUCAGCAAGCAAGAACUGAGAAAAUGCAUCAAGGAGGUCCCUGCAAAGGAGUUGAAAAAAGGAUUAGAACAUUUGUACAAGAAAGUGGAAAAACAAUUAUGUGAUGAGGAGAGCUUACUACAGGUGGUUUGGAACUCGAUGCAGAAGGAAUUCAUUGAGCAGUACAAGAACUUUGUAGACCUGAUCAACAGAUGUUACCCUGGCUCCAUGAUAACACUGGAAUAUACCAUUAAAGAUGUGCUCUUUUUCUUCUCUAAUAUUGCUUCCUCCCACUAAUAACACUUUAAAAGAAGUAUAGAUUAAAACAAUUUAUUCAGUGA